GGGCGGCCACGUGAGAGCGGGAGCUGGCGGCGGUGGGAGGGGGGGCUGCAAGGUGCUGGAGGCGGAGAGCAGGCAGGGCUCCGGCAUCCCCCCCCGCCAGACUCCCACCAAUCAGGUCAUGGGGAGCCCAGCAGCCUCCGACGCCCCCACCCGCUCACUCCCACAUGAACGUGUGGGGACAAACAGCGGGCAGACGUGUGACUCGGCCAUGGGCCCGCGAAGCCAGGGCUAUCAGUCUGGGGUAGGACUCGUGUGUCCAGAUCCAGGGAGGGGAAAAGAAGCAGGCUUGGGCCCCCGUGUGUGUCCCCCGUCUCUUGCCUCUCUUGCUGAGGCGCUGUCUGCAGACUCACUGCAGAGCGCAGGCCUCCGAGAGGUCGCGCUCAGGGGGCUGGGCCCUGAUUCUCGGGACAGCCCCCUUCAGUCCCCACCCAGCUAGGGACGUUGGGUUAAUAGGCACUUAGACCCAGGACUCCUGCCAGAGAAGAGGGAGGGGGCACCGAUCACCCCUGAGUCAGGGACAGGGCCACACUCGAGCCUGCUAUUCUCCAGAAAGGGUUGAUUUCUGCGCAGGGAGUGUGGCGUCCAGGAGAAUCUGCAGUCCAGGUGGAGGCCGCAGAGGGCCCAGGGCAAGCAAGGGCAGCAAUGGUGGGUCCUGACGGUGGCUGAGCCCCCAGCCCCUGGAAUAUGCAGCCCGGGGGAGCCCCAGGCAGCGGCGAGGACGCGGUGGCGGAGCGGGGCGGGAGGCAUGGUCUCCACCUACCGGGUGGCCGUGCUGGGGGCGCGAGGCGUGGGCAAAAGUGCCAUCGUGCGCCAGUUCCUGUACAACGAGUUCAGCGAGGCCUGCGUGCCCACCACCGCCCGCCGCCUCUACCUGCCUGCCGUCGUCAUGAACGGCCACGUGCACGACCUCCAGAUCCUCGACUUCCCACCCAUCAGCACCUUCCCAGUCAACACGCUGCAGGAGUGGGCAGACGCCUGUUGCAGGGGACUCCGCAGCGUCCACGCCUACAUCCUGGUCUACGACAUCUGCUGCUUUGACAGCUUUGAGUACGUCAAGACCAUCCGCCAGCAGAUCCUAGAGACAAGGGUGAUCGGCACCUCGGAGACGCCCAUCAUCAUCGUGGGCAACAAGCGGGACCUGCAGCGCGGGCGCGUGAUCCCGCGCUGGAACGUGUCACACCUGGUGCGCAAGACCUGGAAGUGCGGCUACGUGGAGUGCUCGGCCAAGUACAACUGGCACAUCCUGCUGCUCUUCAGCGAGCUGCUCAAGAGCGUUGGCUGCGCCCGCUGCAAGCACGUGCACGCCGCCCUGCGCUUCCAGGGCGCGCUGCGCCGCAACCGCUGCGCCAUCAUGUGACGUCGCGCCCGCCCGCGGCCGCACCCCGACCGGCCAGGCGGGGGCCGCCCCCCGGGGACUGCAGGGUGGUUCAGGCGGGGAGCGCCGGGGAAGGACUCAGGCUGGCCUGCCCUGGCAAGCCCCCGCAGCCGCGGGCCCUGCGGGGAGAGGUGGAGGGCGAGGGGAGCCUCCCGCGACGGCCAGGUCCAGCCCCUCUCCGCAUCCGUCUUCCUGGGCCCGCCGCCUUUAGUGCUGUAGCUAGCGCCGUGUGCCCGGCCGGGCCCCAAGGGGCGCCUUGGCCUUUUGGGAUCGGGAGGGUGAGCGCGGGGCUUGGGGGUGGGGAGGUGCUGCUUUGGCCGUGGGGGCCCCCACCCGUCUUCUCCAGAGAGAGUGUCUGUCAUUGCCCUGCAUCUUCUUUCCCCGUGUCUGUCUGCCCAAGCAUCUGUUGGUCCUUAGCUAUCUUAUCCACCCUCCGCUCCGCCUUCCCCAGCUCCGUUCACAGGGCUCUCAUUUCGUUCAUCGCCUUGUCGCAGAUCCUGGCAGCUUCUCUAUGAGGCCAGCCUCUGGACCGUCAGCACCACCGGCACAGGGCAGAGAGAUGCAGGUGGCCCAAGGACCCUAAUCGGGGUCCGAGGGUUGAGUCCUAGGUCAGUCAGGAGGAGAAGGCUGAGCUCUCCCCCUUCCAGGGAGAUCUCCCCGCCCAGCAACCCCCAGAGACACAACAACCUACCUUCCAGCCUUAACAAGAUGGUCCAUCCCUGCCGGGUGCCCCUCAUCCCCUUCCUGACCCCAAAGCCAGAUCACCCCCUGGGUUACAACUUUUUUCUUGAUGGAGUGUGGAGAGGGAAUCCCCCAAAGGAUAAAUUUAUUUCCACGAUGCCAGGUUCCAGCCCUCUAUUCCCUCCUGCGUUGGGUGGUCUGCAAGAUUGGGGGAUGUUGGGUUUGGGGGGCUGGUGGUGGGCAAGGUGGUGCCUCCCGGGGUUGGGAGGGGGUGGUUAGGUUGUACUAGUGAAGACUCUUAUCUCCCCCAUCCCACUCCAGUCUGACUGCCCCAGACCCUGCCUGCCUUGAAUCUCAGAUUUUCUCUGAUAAAUCUGGGGAGGGGCAGAACCAGGAAAAGAAUUAUGGGGACCCAUGUGCUUGGGGGAGAUAUGCCCACACCUCCACCCCUCGAUAGAGGCCCUCAGGAUCUGAUACGCCCUUACCCCAACACCAGUUGGCCCUAUGCCCUGACUCACUCCACCCCAUUUUCUCCGGCUGCCUGGCCGGUUUCUACCUCUCGUCACCGGAGCUGAUCACUGUCAGUUUUGUACCGAUUUAGAAAAAACAAAAUCCAUAAAGAUAUUAGGACCGGCCUGAGGGAUUACUGGGGUACUUGGAGGAUGGGAACAAUGGUGCGUGUCCCCUGCCCCUAGCUGAGUUCUCCUUGAGGCUAAGUCCUGGGCCCUGGUGUGGUAGGAUGAUAGGAAGGUCCCUCGUUAGAAGAGGGGCAGAUAAAUCAACCCAGCCUCAAUGUAGCCAAGCUGCAGUGUAUAGACCAGAAAAUCAGGUAGCCCAGAGCAGUGAUGGAGCAGAUUUGGGGGAGGGGUCAUGGGUAGGGAAUUUAUCCAGAUCCAGUGUGAGAGGGAAUCUGAUUCUCCCUUCCACUUCCCCAGCUGAUCCUCCCUCCAUCCGUGGGGUGUAGCACAGUGCUUCAGUGACUGCCCUGACCUUGGACAGUCCAGUAUUUCUGGGUUCUAGUCCCUGCUGUGUUGCAUGACUUUGGGCAAGUGACCCGCCCUCUCUGAGCCUCCCUCUGAGACAGAGGAGGUGGCUCCCCUUCCCCACACCUUGGAGUGGCUGGGAGGGUAAGGAAGAGGGCCUGCCCCCUUUGAUCCCCUGCAUCCCUGCCCCCUGGUGCACCCAGGGGAUGGGGUGAGGGAUGGCAGCAUCUCACCUGCCCCAUCAUUAUCACCCCCAGCUGAGGCACCUGAGGUGGGCAUGGGGGACCCAGGCCUCUGGCUGCCCCUUAUGGGAGCCAUUGGAAUGUACUGCCUGUCCGGCCCCCCUCACCCCCCUCCACUGCACUCCAGGUAUUUGAUUUUGAUUCCCUCCACCCCCAUUCUGAGUCUCUGUCCGCCCCCCCCCCAUCAGGGUUUCCCACCACAGGGUCUGGAAGUGUGUAUGAUGCCCAUUGCGCUGUGAUCGGAAGUCAGAUUAAAAAUCAGGGAGUGUUUUCCCUUGUUUCUGUA